ACUAACUAACCAGAAAGGCUAUCUCCCCAACAGUAUCUCAUUUCCAAUGAGUACCAUAAUCUUCAACCUAAGACCAUGUCUUCCUUCCCACAAACCCACCUUCACAACAUCAACAUUAUCAUCUUCACCAACAACAACACUCAGAGUUCGUGCCACCUUUCAAGAUUCUAAGCCACCCAACACAACCCAACAACAACAGCUCAACCUCUCCGUUCUUCGCUUCACCUUAGGGAUACCUGGCUUGGAUGAAUCCUAUUUGCCCAGAUGGAUUGGUUAUGGCUUUGGUUCCCUUCUCUUCUUGAAUCACUUCCUUGGCACAGAUUCAGCUACUAUGACACCUGCCCAGCUUACUACAGAGGUUUUGGGUCUGUCUUUGGCUUCCUUCUCUGUCGCUCUACCUUACCUUGGUAAAUUCCUCAAGGGUGCUCAACCAGUGGAUCAAGCAACUCUACCUGAUGGUACACAGCAAAUAUUUGUCAUGUCACAAGAUAUAGCUGAUGGUCUGAAGGAGGAUCUAGCUUGGGCAUCAUACGUUCUGCUGCGUAAUUCAAAUGCCAUAGCUGCGCUAAUUUUUAUUCAAAGAGAUAUAUGUGCAAGGGGCUAUUGGAACAUACCUGAUGGUUCAUCUAAAGAAAUUCUUCUUGAUUGGUUUGCGAAAAAAAUUGAAAAGGCUGAUCUGGUUGAUUUGAAGGAUACCCUAUAUUUUCCUCAAGAUGCAGAUUCUGAAUUUCCGGAACUAGUGUCUAAAGGGACUAGCUCUCUCCUGGUGCAACCAGUGCUAGUUAAUAAUCAGAGUGCAGCUAACUUGCAAAAACCAGUGGGGUUUAUUCUGCUGGCCUCAGCUGCAAGAUAUGCAUUUAGUACUAAAGACAGAGCCUGGAUUGCAGCUGUGGCCAACAAACUCAGUGGCUGGUGUAGAGCAUCCGAUGAUAAACCACAGUAAAGUUCUCAACAUGUGAACUGAAAGAGGUACAAUAAUUUCUAUAAAGAUGAUGAAGUUGCAGCGAAAUUUUGAAGCAGGAGGAUGCAAGAAACUAAAAGCUGCCACUUAACACGGUUGCUUAUCUUAGGUGCGAAGUUUUUCAAUUUGCUAGGGGUGAGCAUUGCUUUAGCACUAAAUUUCCAUUAUCCACAGUAUCAUAUGCAUGAGUAAAUUUGCAGCCAGUUGAUGUAAUUCAGAAUAUACAGUUACACACCUUCCUAUGCAGAAUCAAACUUUUGCCAUGAGGGAAGUGCUGGAAGGACCAAGCUCUGCAAAUAAACACUCCUUAUAUUCCCUUUUAUCUUUUCUUGUGAAAAUUUAAGAAUAUUCUUUGAUUAAUGUAUUUGAAUAUAAUUUAGUAUGUCGAUAGAUUGAUCUGAGAACAGCUAAAUUUUCAGAGUGAUAGAUAAAGGGAAAGGAAGGGAGUAGCAUGUUUUGGAAUUGAUCACAUGCCUUGAACAAAUGUAUGCAUGUGGUUGUCCUAGGAAGCAUCAUUAAUAGUAAAACAUGUUAAUAGGUAUUUGUAUCUUUCUGCUAUCUGCUAAUCUCUUCUAGUUGGCCUCAUAUGUUGCAUGAUAUGCCACCAGCUAUUUGUAUGUGCGAAUUUGUUCAAAUAAAGUUUUAUUAUAAUUUUGU